AGAGGCUCGAGGCGCGUGCUUGGCGUCUUGCAGCAAUUAGGUCGCUCUUUCUACCCUUCUUCGAAGAUGACGAGGCUCGCCACCAUUUCUUCCUGCUUUUGGCCCGACUGGCAGUCCAUUGAGACCCGCUACUGCUUUAGGUUUUUUCUGCAAUACAGUGGAUACAAUUUGUUAUGGCUACUCUGAGUGUUAUCGGUUCAAGUUCACUUAUUGCCUAUGCCGUAUUCCAGAAUAUACAGAAAUCUCCAGAGAUAAGGCCACUCUUUUAUCUGAGCUUCUCUGACCUUCUCCUGGGGAUAUGCUGGCUCAUUAAGGCACUUCUUUAUGGAACUUCAGUAGCCAAUAAGGACAUUGUCUGCUAUAACUUGCAAGCAGUUGGACAGAUAUUCUACAUUUCCUCAUUUCUUUACACCGUCAAUUACAUCUGGUAUCUGUACAAAGAGUUGAGGAUGAGACACACCCAGAAUGGACAAAGCACAUUUCCACUGGUUAUAGAUUAUACUUGUCACGUUGGUCAAAUAGCCAUCAUUUUGUCAAGCCUGAUACCUCUUCUGUUAAUGAUACCCGUAUUCUGUCUGGGCAAUGUUAGUGAAUGUUUCCACAACUUCAGCCAGAGCCACAGGUGUAUUCUGAUGUUCUCACCACCAUCAGCCAUGGCUGAACUGCCUUCUGCCAACACAUCCGUCUGUAGCAUACUUUAUUUUUAUGGGAUCACCAUUUUCCUGACCAGCUUUCUCCUCAGCCUCCUCACCAUUGUGGUCUUACUCAUCCAAGCCCAGACCCUUUAUAAAAAGUUUGUGAAAAAAACUGGCUUCUUGGGGAGUGAACAGUGGGCAGUGAUUCACAUUGUGGAGCAGCAAGUACGCUUCUACCCGGUGGCCUUCUUUUGCUGCUGGGGCCCAGCUGUCAUUCUGGUGAUCAUAAAGUUGACCAAGCCACAGGACAUGAAGAUUCACAUGGCCCUCUGUGUUCUCCAGAAGUAUGACCGACCCUCAGUCAUCCAUAACAAGGCUCUAACAGCAUCAUCCCAGGGUCUUCUCAACUGUGGAGUAUAUAGCUGGACACAAUACAAGUUCUACCAACUAAAGCAACAGGCUCGGCGUGAUGCAGACACCCAAACACCAUUAUUAUGCUCACAGAAGAGAUUCUAUAGCAGGGGCCUAGAUACAAUGGAGUCUGCCCUUGGUUUUGAUACCAGCCCUCCACCAUUCUUGAAACUGUAAUACUGGAACAUCCAGGAACCAGAAUUAUUCCACAUUAAUGGAUUGAGAAGAGUGUUGGGGAGCAACAUCUCAGGUCUUUCCAACCAUGCCUUAAACUAUGGAAGUGAAAGAGGAUGUAGUGCUGUGGUUAGUAGCUUUUCUUGUUGAAUUGGGCAGGAUCUCUCUGUUAUUCUCAGAUUCACUAAAGUCUUUGUUCAGAGAGGUAAAGCCACUUUCCUUCUAAGAGAUAGACUCCUAUCACCUCAGUGAAUACUAUAUUUGUUUAAAUCUCUUCUGGAUAAUUUCCAAGUUAUUACUUAUAUGUGCCAUUUCCAGGCUCUCUACUCUGUGGUCGUGUGGGAAGUAGGGUGGCAUGCAGCAGCUUGCUCAGAUUUUGCUAGUAUUGUUAUUCUCUCUGAAGUUGGACAAAGAAAGUCCUGGGUGUCUGUUCUUUGAAGAGUUUUUGAAACUCAGAAGAAUCAAGGACAGUAACUACCAAAAAACUGACAGUGGGAUCCUCAGGUACAUCCUACUCUCUUAUUUGUUCAGUGCUGUUCUAAGUCUUGACAGUAGGAACCAUCUGCUCUAGGAAAUUAAGGCCAAUCUCAUGAAGUUACAAGGGAUAAUACGAUCUAAGAGAAAUCAGGAUUAAAAGAAACUUUAGGUAUCAAAAGCUCUCAACUCCCAUUUAUAAGCAGAAGUCCAAAGGUAGGUUUCAUAGUCCCUGGACAUAGAAUUAGAUUGAACCAUAUGAACUUAGCAUUUUUGUAGGUGAAAAUGACCUAAUAUCAUCAAUUUUGCAUGGUUUAACCUAAUGGUAGGUGCUCGAUGUAUCUUUAUAGAAUAAAUGAAUGAAUAAGUGAAUGAAUGGCUAGAAAGAACCUUUUGGGAAAGAAAAGAUUCCCAGACUGCAGAGCCUCAUUCACUAGCAAGAAUGUCUACCUGUUUCUUCUUCCCCCUUCCCUCUCCUUCUCCUUCAUCCUCCUCCUCCUCCUCUUCUUCUGAAAGAUUUUAUUUAUUUAUUUGAGAGAGAGAGUGCAAGCAGUGGGUGGAGCAGAGGGAGAGGGACAAGCAGACUCUACGCUGAGCAUAGAGCCUGACACAGGACUUGAUCCCGGGACCCUGAUAUCAUGACCUGAGCUGAAACCAAGAUUCAAACACUUAACUGACUGAGCCAGCCAGGCACCACCCUUCUUCUUUAAUCACACAACAAGUGGUGUUUGAUCUCUUCAGUUAAGUUAUGAACAAAACCAGUCUGAGGCCAGGGCAUCAGAUAUUAUGAUAUCAAAACAAAGAGGAAAAGCCAAAUGGACAAAGUGGCUGGAAUGACAAUCAACUAAAACACCUGGAACUAAUAAUGAGAUGCUUCACACCUGAUUUGCUCCUUUGGUCCAAGGAAAAAUUCUCAAGGUAGAGAUAAUUGACAGAGUAGAUUACAAUGGUGAAUUAGAUAGGAUACUAUGAAACGUAAGUUCAAGAAAUCAUUCCGAAGGAACUCUCUGUAGAAAUGUUAGGGAGAUCAGUAACAGAUCUUUAGGUUUGAGGCCAUGAGCUUCACCCUUGCUGUGGAGGGUGACCUGGCCUUGUUACGUCAAGAUCGCAUCUUGAGGCCUGUCAUUGCCCCAUAGUUCUGGAAACCUGAUUUCUGGGUAGCACAGAACAACAAAGAUUGCUUCACAUAGGGAGCUUCUUUAAAUUCUUUUAAUUUAAAAAAUGAGUAAUAUUAACAUUUGGGGUGGCAGAUGGAAAAAAAAUUCCUAUUUCCUUAGACCUUGAGGGACACCAGAACUAUGGAGUUUGAUUCUUAAAAAGUUCUUUUAGUGGGGUACCUGGGAAGCUCAGUCGGUUGGGUGUCUGACUCUUAAUUUCUGCUCAGGUCAUGAUUUCUACAUCAUGGGAUUGAGCCCCACACCAGGCUCUAUGCUCAGUAUGGAGUCUGCUUCUCCCUCUCCCUCUGCUCGCGCUUGCUCUCUGUGUCUCUCUCUCUCACAAAUAAAUAAAAUAUUUUUUAGAAAGAUCUUUUUUGUAUCACUUCAUAUUUGGCUUUAUUAUCAGAAAGAAGAUAAUGAUGAAAUGUUUUUCAGGUUUGUUCAUCUGCUUCUCUGAUGAAUUUUUUGCACAGACACUGGUCUUAGAUCUUCUAUGGAUGUAAGUAAACAAAAACGUAAUAGGAAUGAGAGAUAGUAAAAGGCUAGGCAAGAUCCAGAUUAGGAUUAUAAACUUUUUGUCAUACUGAGAGUCAGAGCAGACACAUGGAGCUGGGCCACUAUUCAAACUGCCCCCCAAACCCCUAGAUUCACAUGUAGGAGGGGUAUGGAUGUAGACACAGUGAUAUUCAUAAAAUUAUUGCAAAUACCCCUCCAUGACACUUGUCCAGGUUGUAGUCAUAGUAGAGUAUAGAGGUAUCUAAGCAGGUUUGAUUAAUAUAGAUCUGUGAAUGAUGUUGGGUACCAUCCCUCUCAACAGCUCUGUCUGUGACUUCAAAAAAUUCUGCACUCCAAUACCACAUGUCCUACAUGGGGAACUGGGUAAGGUUUGAUGUUUUUUAAUUCAGUCAAUAGCCUUUCACAUUUUGCAACUUUCCAGGCUACGUUUUUGUCCUUUCCAAAGAAUUUAAUACACCAAUUCUCCAUGCUUCAGCACCAGCCCUGGUAAUAGUAACCUGUUCUUUGUAAGGAAUGCCAUCUUCUUUGUAUCUGACUGGCAUUACCUGGAAAUGCCAUUACAGUGUUCUGGGAGGUCACACUCAUCUCCUCUGAGGCAGCAGGGUAUAGAAAUAUGCUGGUUUUUUAGAAGGAUCCCAAAUGUGCUAUCUGAACCUUCCUUCGCUGGCAUGAAGACAGUAGUGAUCCUUUUAAUAACCAAGGAUGCUGCCACAAUCACAUUCUUUUCCCUUAUUAACUGUCUUUUCUUUUUCCCCAGUAUGGCUUUCCAAAGGAGCUUUGGAGCUCAGGUUUUUUUAAACAGGCUAUACCCUCUGUGCUUAUGCCGCAGUCAGUGGAAGUAGUCAAUGGUGCAGUUGCUGAAGCCCUUAUCUACAGUAAGAAAUUCAUUCAGAGGUCAGAGGUUCUGGCCAUGACACUUGCAGGCCCACAUGGCCAUGCUUCAUUCCCAAGUUUUGGCCAAGCUUGUGAGCCAUAAAAGCUGUAAAAUGUGUUAUAUUUUCAUGACAGAAAGAUUCAACACUGGUCGAAUUCUUAGCAAUGCAGAUUCCACUAAGAAAUGCAUGGCUCCGGGCGCCUGGGUGGCUCACUGGGAUAAGCCGCUGCCUUUGGCUCAGGUCAUGAUCCCAGGGUCCUGGGAUCCAGCCCCACAUCAAGAUCUCUGCUCAGCAGGGAGCCUGCUUCCCUCUUUCUCUCUGCCUGCCUCUCUGCCUACUUGUGAUCUCUCCCUGUCAAAUAAAUAAAUAAAAGAAAAGAAAAGAAAUGAAAUGCAUGGCUCUGGUACUUCCCAAGACGUUGGCCAAUGAUCAUAUGAAUGACAUUAUGCCUCACUCUUCUCAAAAGAUGCCAUUCUCUCUAGCAGUUAAAAUUUUGAAGUGUUUCUUGCAAAUUCAGGGAGAUUUUUCACUAGGUUUCUUUCUGUCUAUAUCUUUAACCCAGUAAAUAAUACUGGGUUACAGUACAUUUAGUUUCUUCUUGUACCUGUUAACAUGAACAUCUGUUACCAUCUGUAUUGUCUUGGUAGCAUUAUUAUUCCACACUUGAAACUGCAUACUGUCAACCACAGUAAACAUUUCUGCAUACUUGGGUAGUGACCACAUAUACGACAUUGAAAAGGAAGAGGGUUCUAUUUUGCUCUGAAAUUGUGAAGUGGUUAAGAGCCCCUCUUGUUUAUCUCCACUCACUGUACAAGAAUAACCUGAUUUUAAAGAUAUGCUGAAAACCAUAUGCCCCAAAUUCUUUGAAGUAUAGAUGGUCUUGAUGCCAAAGGCAGUGUCAUAUACCCCUGAGCAAGUGCUGAUAGUCACAGAGAAUGCAAUUCACCUUCUGAACAUCCAUUCAUCCUGAGUAAAAGGUAUGUCUAAGCCUAGUAUCCCAUUUUGAUGUGUAUAAACGUGGUAGUUCUUGAUAAAUAAUCCUUUCUUUUGCUUCAUAUUAAUAAGAGGCCAUUUUCCUUGUAUGAGCAGAAUAUAGGACAUUUUUUCUGCUUUUUCUUUCAGAAGUUUGAAUAUCAUCAAGUUGCUAGGGAUGACUGUUUUAUAAUAAAGAGAUUUCCAUUUACAAUGUACCCCUUGAAGAAUAGUCAUUAUCAGCUAUAAAGAUGUCAUGCAGCUUAAUGUAGGAAGGGCUCAUUCUUAAGUGCCCAUUCAAGAAUUCUUGGAAGAAAAAUCAUUCUAAACCUUACCCAUGACCACUUGAUUUCAUAGAAGGAAGGGCAAAAGGGAGGCAAAGUAACUACAGUUGUCAUUUUCAUGGCCCAGUUGAAACAACUAAUAGUCUUAUACCUCUGGCUCAGUUGCCUUGCCUGAGAUCCAUAUCUUUGUCAGUGACACAGUUUGGUUACAGCUCAAAGCUUUGCUGCCUGUUGCAAGGAUAGCUGUUCCCAUCCUGAGAGUUACAAGAUUACAUCUGUAGUUUGACUGUGCCUCUUCCUACUCCUGUUGUGGUCUCUUCUCAGGAGUGCCCUAAUUUUGCAACCUUCAUGAAAGCACAAAAUUUUAGUGCUGCUUAAUUGAGCUCCUGCUGUCUUCAUAGAGGAGUGUACCAAGGAAAACUUCAUACAGAGAGGAAACUUUCAAAGGUCUUGCCAGUAUUAUGACUCAGGAUCACACACCAAGAAAAGAAAAAGCUAUAACCUUCUUCGUUUAGUCCCAGUCCCCAUGGAAGUCUUCCUCUCCUGUCAUUCAUUGUUCUUUUGAGUCAUUGAAACCACAGGUUUCCAGAGCAGGGGUUUGUAGAUCUCUGGGUAGGUCAUAUUUUGCACCAUCCCUAUUCUGAAUCAUUCAGCCCUUUUCAAACCUCCAGUUCCUUUUCCUUUCUUUGUCACAAUAUUUUUAUUGGCUAAUUCCUAGAAUACAUGUAAAGUAUUAGAGUAAUCCAUGCCUCUGUGAAAAGCAUAUAUGUAAACUGAAAAAUAAUAUUUAUAUUCAGUUCUUUUUUCUCUUUAGCCUUACAGUAUGAAGUCAAAAUAAUGUUUUCUAGAAUUAUCUAGGUUAUACUUCUUUAUCUAAACUUAUUCGGCAUGUGAUAUUAUUCAUUUUGAAUACAGCUAAGUUCAUGUAUUACUGUUUGUAUUUCAUUUUGGGCUUUCCCCCACAUUUUGGAUGAUGAUGAUGAUUUUUGGCAUAUGUGAAAUAUUACCAUGAUUCUAAAACUCAGUAGUAUACUGAAGAAAGUAUGCAGAGUAUACCUCCUUGAGCCUUUAAUCUGUUCCAUGUCCUACUUCUUUCUACCCAGCUCCCAACCACCUAUCUUAAUAGUACUUAGUUUAUUUUUCCUCUCUUUCUGCACAAACUAGUAAAUGCAUGUAUAUUUUCUUGUGUCCUCCUCUCUUUUUUUAGGAUUUUAUUUAUUUGAGAGAUAGAGAGUGUGUGCAUGAGAGAGUGAACAUGAGUGAUGGGGAAGGGUAGAGAGAAAGGGGAAGCAGAGAGGAGAAGCUCAGCAGGGAGUUUGA